ACCUGCACCGUCCUCCGUACAGAGGCAGCGCAGCGCUGCAGUGUGUGCAGGACAUUGUCUUCUCAGUGCGGCUGUGUCGGGACAUCUCUGCGGCCUCAGCAGCCAGGGCCAGCCCGGAUCUCUGCAGCACUCCCGGGUGAACACUUGCCUGCAUUCAUUCUGCUGCCUGGCACCGAGGCACCAUCCAUGUACUGUCAGUGUGGAUAGUGGCUUAUUUACUGUGCACCAUCUGACGGGAGGACACAUCUGACUGGCACCAUGAGCAGCACUGUGUUUCAGCAGCAGGCUGUCCACAGCCCUCUGGAGCAGCAGAAGCAGAAGCAAAAGCAGGGAGGAGGGGGACCUAUCGCCUGUCAGAACUGCGGGAAGCCCUGCAAAGGAGAGGCGCUCCGGGUCCAGAACAAACACUUCCACAUCAAGUGCUUCGCCUGUAAAGUUUGUGGUUGUGAACUGGCCCAGGGAGGCUUCUUCGUGCGGCAGGGCGAGUACAUCUGUACUCUGGACUACCAGCGGCUGUACGGGACUCGCUGCUUCAGCUGCCAGGACUUCAUCGAGGGGGAGGUGGUAUCCGCCCUGGGCAAGACCUACCACCCCCGCUGCUUCGUCUGUGCCUCCUGCAAACAGCCGUUCCCAGCCGGCGACCGAGUGACAUUUAACGGGAAGGAGUGUAUCUGCCAAAACUGUACCCAGCCUCUCCCUGCCAACAGCCCUGCACCCAUACAGGCUGUCCACAACUGCUGCGGCUGUGGGAAGGAGUUUAAAAAUGAACAGUCUCUUGUAGCGCUGGACAAGCACUGGCACCUGGGCUGCUUCAAGUGUAAAGUCUGCAACAAGGUGCUCAAUGCCGAGUACAUCAGCAAGGAUGGAAUCCCCUUCUGCGAGAUGGACUACCACGCCAUGUUUGGCAUCCAGUGUGAGAGCUGCAAGAAGUACAUCACCGGAAAAGUCCUGGAGGCUGGAGAGAAGCACUACCACCCCACAUGUGCCCGCUGUGCCCGCUGUGAGCAGAUGUUUGCCGAGGGAGAAGAAAUGUACCUGCAAGGAUCUUCUAUCUGGCAUCCUCCAUGCAGACAAGCAGCCAAGCAGGAGGAGAAGAGCAAGAAGCAGGUCCGGAUACAGCUCAAUGACGUCCCUGAGCAACAGUUGACCCGGACUUCAUCGGAGAGCAUCACUUCGGUCCCAGCAUCCAGCGCCUCGGGCUCUCCCAGCAGAGUCAUCUAUGCCAAACUAGGAGAGGAGACGCUGGACUACAAGGACCUGGCAGCCCUUCCAAAGACCAAGGCCAUCUAUAACAUAGACAGGCCUGACAUGCUGUCCUACUCUCCGUACGUCAGCUACCCGUCUGAGGAGAGGCACUACGGAGAGUCCCCCCAGCUGCUUUCUCCUACUCCUACUGAGGGCGACGGGCAGAAGUCACCCCGUCAGCGGAGACCCUCCAGCCCCAGCUCCAACAGCUCCCUGGGGGGUUACGGACGUUACACCCCGUCCCGUUCCCCCCAGAAUUACAGCCGACCAGGGCCAGAGGUAUACCUUGGCAGUAAACACAGCAGCCAAGGCCGUGACUCCAGUUCUCUCCUUUUGCCUCCAACCCUCAUGGGUGCCAUUAAGUACCCCUCCACCUGGGCCAGGGACUCAUCUUCCCUCCCUGUGUACGAUUCUGGUGGGGCUGAAGGGAGCGGUGGUGGUGUUAGUGGCAAGUACUCACCCUCACCAGCAGGUGGCAGUGCAGGCUUGUCUUUUCACCUAAACCCCACCACCCUUGCCAUGCUGCAGCAGCAUAACUACGUCCCUUACUUCAGAGGUAGUGAAAGUGGUCGGAGUACCCCCAGCUUAUCCACCUAUUCUGACGGCAAAUCCCCCUCCUCUACUUCUACAUACAUGGCUGCUCCUCGGCAUUUCCACAUACCAGAGACUAUGGUCAAAGAUAAUAUCUAUAGAAAACCCCCCAUCUACAAACAGCAUGCUUCUAGAACAUCCUGGCAGGAUGGGGAGGAUAGUAAGAGGACCAGUUGGAUGAUGUUAAAGAGUGAAAUAGAUGGACAGAUGGGUCCAGAAGACCUGGAUCCCCGCAAGUCUACCUGCAGUCUGCCCACUGACACCUCCCAGCCUAAUUUCCCCUACAGUAAGUCUGCAUCCUUACCUGGAUACGGACGGAACGGCAUCCACAAGGCUGCUGAGAUGGUGGAGGAUGAAGUGGACCCGGACUCCCAGAGCUGGGGAGGCAUGAGAGAAUACAAGAUCUACCCGUAUGAAAUUCUGGCAGUGACGCAUAGAGUGAAAGUGAAGCUUCCCAGAGAUGUAGAUCGCACCAGACUGGAGAGACACCUUUCUCCUGAGGACUUCCAGCGGGUUUUCGGCAUGACCCUGGAGCAGUUUGACCGCCUGGCCCUAUGGAAGAAGAACGACAUGAAGAAGAAGGCGCGCCUUUUUUAGACAGAAAAAAAAUCAACAUCUCAACAAGCAACCGCCCUGUCUGGGAGGAAACGGAAAAGAAAACCAUCCCCUGUGAAAUAUCUAUAUAUGCAUCGCCAUGAUACCCUUACUUUCCACCUGUAAAACGGCAUCUGCCACGGAGAGGCGCUCCCUGCCGGAACAUUUUCACCAUGUUGAGGCAGCAUCUAUAGCUUUUUGUAUGCGAUGUGGUGCGUAUGUUUGACUGACAACUUUACAGAAGAGGACGAGGAGCUGCGUUUGCAUGGCCUGUGUUGAUGCUCCUCGCUUCCCAUGUGGUUUCUGCAU